UUUUUUUUUUUUUUUUUUUCCCCUUCUCCUUCUCUCCGCUCUCCUGCUGCCCGCACUACGCGUCAUUCAAACGGGACUCGGUUGUACUCGCUUACCCCUUCUGGGUUGCACUAGCAAGCCUAAUAACAGCGGCGUUGGCUGGCGAGAGUGUAUGAGACAGUGGUGCCCACACAGGAAUAUUUGUGCUUCUCUCUCUUUCUCUUCUCUCUCUCUUUUCUUUCUUUUUUUUCUUUCUUUUUUAAUUUGUACUUUAUUUACUCAGCCGCAGCUUGUUGUUGCGUUUCGUCUCGCCAUGGUCAGCUAGCUCGGACUGUCACAAGUGAAGAGCUUGGCCACAACAGAGGACUUCCCCCAUUCACCUACCUGCCCCCCUUUUUUUUGCUUUUGUUUGUUUGUUUGUUUUGCUAACUUCACCGCGAGGAAAAUAUACCUGACACUUGUUUUUGAUUGCUGCCAUUGUGGGACUCCUCCUCCCUCGUGACGGGCAACGCAAGUUCUAUCCCUUUAGAGCUGAAAUAUGCCUACUGUGCGCCUAUAGAAACAACCUGAAAAGACGCACGCUGUAAAGUCCAAAGUGCAUGUACACUAUAAUGAGGCACAUCAGUCAUACGAAGUGUGAUGGGUUUGGCCGGGUCCAAGCUGCUGAAACCACAAAAGGGUUUUAAAUCAUGAUGAUGCAGGAGUCGGCCACAGAGACAAUAAGCAACAGUUCAAUGAGUCAAAAUGGAAUGAGCACCCUAAGCAGCAGCCAAUUAGAGGCUGGCAGUAGAGAUGGGAGAUCAAGCGCUGGUGACACAAGCGGCAGCGAAGUAAGCACAGUCGAGCUGCUGCAUCUGCAACAACAGCAGGCCCUACAAGUGGCAAGGCAAUUACUCUUGCAGCAGCCAGGCUGUGGCCUGAAAUCUCCAAAGAGCCAAGACAAGCAGCGUCCACUGCAGGUUCCAGUAUCAGUGGCCAUGAUGAGUCCCCAGGUGAUCACGCCACAGCAGAUGCAGCAGAUCCUCCAGCAGCAGGUGCUCUCCCCCCAGCAGCUCCAGGCCCUUCUCCAGCAACAGCAGGCAGUCAUGCUGCAGCAGCAACACUUGCAGGAGUUUUAUAAGAAACAGCAGGAGCAGCUUCAUCUCCAGCUUCUCCAGCAGCAACACCCUGGCAAACAAGUGAAAGAGCAACAGCAGCAGCAGCAGCUGGCCGCCCAGCAGCUCGUCUUCCAGCAGCAGCUCCUGCAGAUGCAGCAGCUCCAGCAGCAGCAACACCUGCUCAACAUGCAGCGGCAGGGCCUGCUCUCGCUGCCCGGGCCCGCCCCCGGCCAGGCCGCCCUGCCCGGACAGACUCUGCCCCCGCAAGCCGGCCUGAGCCCAGCAGAGCUCCAGCAGUUGUGGAAGGAUGUGACCGUAGGCGGAGGAGGCGGCGGCCACGCCGGCCACACCAUGGAGAACAAUGGGAUCAAACACAUUGGCGGCGGCGGCAACAACACAGGCGCGAGCGGCACCGGCGGCCUGGACCUCUCCACCAACAACCACAACAGCAGCAGCAACUCUUCGUCAACUACCUCCUCCUCCAAUCCCCCCAAAGCGUCACCGCCCAUCUCGCACCAUUCCAUCGCCAACGGACAGUCCCCUGUCCUCAACCACAGACGAGAGAGGGAGCGGGAACGGGAGCGAGAGAGUUCACAGCAUGAAGAAAACGGAGGCUCGCAUCCCUUGUACGGCCACGGCGUGUGCAAGUGGCCCGGCUGCGAGAGCAUCUGUGAGGACUUUGGACAGUUUUUGAAGCACCUAAACAACGAGCACGCCCUGGAUGAUCGGAGCACAGCCCAGUGUCGGGUGCAGAUGCAGGUUGUACAGCAGCUGGAAAUCCAACUUUCGAAAGAACGCGAGCGUCUUCAGGCCAUGAUGACCCACUUGCACAUGCGGCCCUCCGAACCCAAGUCAUCUCCCAAACCACUCAACUUGGUGUCCAGCGCUACCAUGUCAAAAAACCUGCCCUCGGCGUCGCCCCCUAACUUACCGCAGACGCCCACCACGCCCACGGCACCCAUCACCCCUAUGUCGGCCAUGCCCCAGGUACCCUCGGUGCUAGGCGGCGCCAACGUGCCCAGCAUGGGAGCCAUGCGGCGACGCCACUCGGACAAAUACUCAAUGCCUCUGUCGUCGGGUGGUGACACAGUAUUUAUUUUUCCAGAGAUUGCCCCAAACUACGAGUUUUAUAAGAACGCAGAUGUCAGACCGCCGUUUACUUAUGCAACCCUCAUAAGACAGGCUAUUAUGGACUCGUCCGACAUGCAGUUAACGCUUAAUGAAAUCUACAGCUGGUUCACGCGCACGUUUGCCUAUUUCAGACGCAAUGCUGCGACUUGGAAGAAUGCCGUGCGCCACAACCUGAGCCUGCACAAGUGCUUUGUACGCGUUGAGAACGUGAAAGGCGCCGUUUGGACGGUUGACGAGGUGGAGUACCAGAAACGCCGAUCGCAGAAGAUCACAGGAAGCCCAUCACUCGUCAAGAACCUGCCCUCCAAUCUGGGAUAUGGAUCGGCACUAAACGCCAGCCUACAGGCUGCCCUGGCAGAGACCACCCUGCCUCUGUUGGGGACCCCGGGCCUAUUGAACAGCGGUUCGAUGGGCGGCUGCCACGGCCUCCUGGGCGGCGACCCCUCCGGACUGAUGGGCGGAAGUCCGCCCGGGCUGCUGGGCGGCAGCCCGCCGGGCCUCCUCGGCAUCAGUCCCCCUGGCACCCUGAGCUGUAGCCCCCCCACCCUGUUGCAGUCCGCCCUCGACGACCUCAACGGCUCGCUGGACCACCUGGACACCAACGGACACGGCAGCCCCGGGUACUCCCCACUGGGUCACAUGCCGCCCGUGCACGUCAAGGAGGAGCCUCCUAACAUGGACGACGACGACUGUCCCAUGUCACUGGUGACGACGGCCAAUCACAGUCCAGAGCUGGAUGACGACCGGGAGCUGGAGGAAGGGAACUUAUCGGAAGACCUAGAGUGAUUUCCUUUUUUCUAUCCCUUAGUCUUUUUUUCUUUUCCUCCAAGGCCAGACUUCGAACAGAACCACUUCACAAAGUUCACGCAAACUGCCACCCACUCUCCUUUUGUUUCUCCCUCCCUUUCUCUCUCUCUCCUUCUCACCACUGGGACUAUUUAUUGAGCAUGCAUCCGGACGCUCCAAAGGAACUCUCUGGUGCAGCCCUUUGGGAUCGCUAACACUAACAUGUCAGGCAUGAGAUGUCUGCGAAAAAAAACAAAAAACCAAUGUAUUUGAUCCAAGAUGGCGUGGCUACAAAGGAUGGUGGACUCAUGGAUGGAUGGAUACAAGGAGGGAGGACAUAAAUGAGCGAAAUUCCGUCUGCCAAAAAGGAAGAAAAUAGGACCAUUUCGUUUGUGAAUAAGCAGAGCCACAGUAGUUGUUGAUGUCUAGAGACAAUUGCUGGUUCAAAUCAAGUCUGUUGUUUCACUGCUUGUAUGUCGCUACAAUUUGUUUUUCCACUUUUUUGUCUUUUGUUUAAUUCAAAACUCUUUCCACGUAUCAUCUUCGACACCACCAACUGUAAAUGCCAUUCCCAAAGUUCUGAAUUGUUGCAGUCAAAAGUAAGGGAUACAAAUUUAAAUGUCACUCUGUAAAGCACCAUAACAACUAAACAUCCUGUCCCUCCUUUACCUCCACCUUCUGAAAGCUUUGUCUACCUGCAAGCAGUCAAAGGCAACAGCUAGAAACCAAAGCCCAUGCUAGCUUAUUGACAGAAGAUGCCAAACUCAGCUACUUUGACCAAGAAGAAGCUUUCGUUCCGCAAAAACUACCUUCGACCAACCUCUGGGAUUGUUUCCUUUUAAGGCCUCCUGAAAAACGCUCCAUGGAGAUCUUCUAGCACGUGUACCGCAGGUUUCAAACGUAUUAAAAAAGAAUACAAAAGCUGCAGGCCAGAGAGGAGCUAAAUAUCAAAGUGGAUCAUGACCAAAACAAGAAAUGUGUGGAGAAGUGCAGAUUCAUUUUGUUUGACAUCGUCCUCUUUUUUUUUUGUAUUGUUGUUUUUAAUUUAACCAGGCUGGUGAAUAUGUCAUGUUCUAAAUGGCACUGUCACGUCACGACUGAAACCACCGACGAACCAAACAUGACAAAAAUAUCUAGCUAAGCCAAAUAGUAUUCAAGUGGAAAUGGAUGUGGCAUGGUUACCACAAGAAGAGCAACAUACUACCACUUCUACUAAUAAUAAUAUUAAAAUAAUAAUAAUAAUAAUAGCCAUGUCAGAAAGGUGAAAGGGAACCUUUUUUAGGUUAUGUUUGCUAUCCAUCUCGUCUACAAUAUAUCAAGCUGGAUGGAUGGAUGCCCUUACAUUUCGUCCCGUCGAAAUUGUUGUUGCUUUAAUUAAAACGCUCAUUUCUGUUGUCAGGAAACCAAAGUUACACAAAAUUCUGCCUCUGCGUGCAUGGGAUUAAUUAUUUUUUUUAAGUGAUCUCAUGAGAAUUUUAGUAGGAUUUGGUACAAAAUUUACGUCACCAUGUUACAAACGUUGAAUUAUUAUUAUUAUUAUUUUUUUUAACAAUUAAUGAUUGUCCAACGUAGUAUCUUGCUUUUGUAUCAAGUUUUAGUGCGAUUUUUCUACAGAAUUCUCAUGAGAUGAUGGUACGUGAACAUAGAACCAGAGUUUGCAAUCUGCUAGCAUAUCGAUUAAAAAAAAUAAAAUAAAAAAAAAAAAAAAAAAAAGCUGGGGAUAAACGCAUGCUGUCAAAGAAACCGGCACAAUGACAACGUGUCAGCCUGCCACAACCAAAGCGGAUACAAGCUGCAAACCAACCAACCAAGCAUUUAGCUUUGAGAACCAACCAGAACGCACGCGCUAGUUCCACGUGGCGAGAGGCCUGGUAACUUGAGUCAACAGGACUUUCUUAAUAAUCUUACCACACCAAAUAAAAGGGAUGUUAUGUCUUUAAAAAAAAACAACAAAAAGGUUCUCCCACUUGUUCCCAAAAACAAUUUAAAAAAGAAAAAAAAAAGGCUUUGGAGAAAAAAAGAAAAGCUUCUACCUCUACUCAUUCCGAACAAUGACCACAGAUCGCACGAGAGCUGUUAGUUACACUUUCCCCACGUUUACAUCCCCCCCAGCGCGUCAAGAUAUGGAAGAUUUGCAUUGUAAUAGGUUGUCCUCAAACAUUUGUAGAGUGCUGAUGUAUAGAUUACCUGUAAGGGAAUAUUGUGUUUUAAACAUGCAUGUCAAACAAAACAAAAAACAUUUAUCAUUUGGUGGACAGAACAAGAGUUCAUAAUGACAAAUAGAGUGAGAAUCGUGGAGAGGAUGGCCUAGGUAUACAUAUAACAAUGCAUAGGAAUGCAUUACCUCAGAGUUUGGGGAGGGUCAGCCACAGAAUGCAUAUUACCUGUAGAUUUGCAUGGGUUUUGUAUAAAUUAAGUAAAAAAAAAAAUAAAAAAAAAUUUAAAAAAAAUCUUAAAAAAGUCUAAAAUAGUUGCUUGCACAUAAUACCAGAAAGACCUCCAGAAGUUGCUCAUCCACUAGAUUUUAGGAUUGUCUGGAUUUUCUGGGGUUAAUUUUGUCUGUAUUUUGAUAAUUGUGCAUACUUAUGUAAAGAAAAAUAAUAAUAAUGUCGGUGGACCCAUACAUUGACCUGACUUUUUUCUAAAGACGUAAAAUCCCAAUCUGUGUUUCUUUUACCGGAAUUUUUACCGUUUCACUCUCAAUGCUCGCAAAGAGUAGCAAACCUGCUUUUUUCUGCAUCUGCUUUGCAUAGCUGUAAGGCUUUAAACCUAAUGUGUGUAUUUAUUGCUUGUACCUCUGUGCAUAUUUUAUGAAGCAUUAUGUCCGGCAGUUGAGUCAUGUAUCCUUUCUACUGCUAUCCUUCUCUAAUAAUUCGGAGUAUGAUCCGCCUACGUAUAAGAUAAAUUGGGACUGUAGCUAACAUAUGUUUGUCAUUGGUGAGGAAAAAAAAAAAGUAUUUUUUUUCUUUCUUGACGAGAUUCAGCUACUUUUUUGAUACUUUUCAUGACUGUGUACUGUGUCCAUAUAAAAAGGUUCUCUGACGUUAGAAGGUCAUGGUGGAGAAUUGUAACGUCAUUAUUUUCUGUAUUUCAUGGCAUUUCACUGCUGAAUAAAAUAAAGGACCAAAACUUGGGAAUUUAAAAAGCAACCUUGACUACCUCCACCAUCACG